AUGUCACAGGUGCCGUAUCAGCAAGGCGCAGCGCUCGAGGAGCUGCAGUUACCUUGCCAGCUUUUAGAGCCGCGAUUUUCCGAAUUGAAGCAGUCAAUUAUUAAACCCGAGAACCGUCAAGCUGUCAUCCAUUCCUAUAAGAGAUUAGUCAAAGUUCUCGCGUCGGAGGCAGACAGAAUCGCAAAAUCCGGCCCAUCUUCAAUCCCAGUUAUCGACUUCGCUGACAUCCUUGAGAACGGAGGAAAUUUGCCCAAUGGCGCAGCUGAAGCAGUUCGUGACUCUGGCUGCGUGGUCAUUCGAAACGUUGUUUCUGAAGAAGUAGCCUCGAAGUGGGAGAGUGAGUUGAAACAUUAUGUGCGUCAACAUCCCAACGUCGCAGGGUUUCCCAAACAUAAUCCUCAAAACUUCAGCUUGUUUUGGACGCCACCGCAGGUUCAAAUUAGAAGCCAUGAACGAGUGCUGAAGGCUAUGAAAGCUGUUAGCAUGCUUUGGCAUCUUAGUUCCGAAGAUGCUCUGUUUGAUUUAAGCAGUCAGGUCUCCUACCCCGACCGCUUUCGUAUAAGGCAUCCAACCAAAGACCAGGAAUACACCCUCAAUGCACACCAAGACAGUGGCGCCAUGGAACGCUGGGAAGACCCUCUUUAUCAGGAGUGCUACCGGAAGAUAUUCGAAGGAAAAUGGGAAGAAUACGAUGCGUGGAAUGCUGAUUUUCGUUCGGACGCAAAAACAGAUCUCUACGGAACAGGAAUGUCAUGCUCUGUCUUUCGCUCCUUACAAGGAUGGAUAAGCCUUUCUCACACCAGCACUGGAGAAGGAACACUGCGGCUUGUCCCUAGCCUCAAAGCAUCCACGGCAUAUUUGAUGCUUCGACCUUUCUUUGUGCUGAACGAGGAGUUUGACGAUGUGACGCCGGUUUUUCCAGGUGCUACACCUGGAGAUCUCCAAUUUUUUCCCACAGAAAAUUUGCAUCCUCACCUUGAACUAGAAAAGUCUACUGUUGGCAUCCCUCCGGUGAAGCCAGGAGACUAUGUCUUUUGGCACUGCGAUCUCAUUCACGAGGUUGACAAGUUUCAUCCAGGUACUGUGGACUCUUCUGUUAGUUACAAUGCUUGUAUUCCACUAUGCCCCUAUAAUCUGGAGAGUAUGAUCGGUACGCGACAAAGUUUCCUCGACGUUGGCAUUCCGGUGGACUUUGAAAAGUAUACCCACGGAGAUGUGGAGAAAAAUCACGAUGACAAUGGUGCCAAAGAGGAAAAUAUCUUGUCUCUGGAGGGUAAACGUGCUCUUGGAUUGCACCCUUUUGAUGUCCAUGAGGAAGGAAUCACCUGUGGUCAAAGAAAGAUGAGGGCAGAAGCUAACAGACGGCUUGGGUUUACUUGA